GCUAUCCUAACCGCAUUCGAUUUAAUUAACCCCAAUCCCAAAUCCCUCUUCCCAUUUAAUUCCCUCCUUCGUCCCCUUCUCCUCGCUCCUUUGAUUUCUCUCCCCUUGCGUUUCAUAUAUCGACUCAAAGUUCGCAGCUCUUCUUCCCCUUUCUCCGUUCCCUUUCCUUUUUUGAAGUCUCUGGGAUCCCCCUUUCCUUCUCCUCGUUCUGCCGUUUUCCGGUACCAAGCCCGCCGGAUUCUUCUCCGUCCGCCUCCAAUUGGAUUCGACGGCUCAAUUAGAUCCCAAAUCAAUCCAAUUGGGGAUUUCUAGCCGCUAGAAUUAGGGUUUCUUUCGUCUUCUAGGGUUUGUACAAAUGUUGGGAACGGGCUUGCAGUUCGUUCGCGGCCAUGGCGAGGAUUUGUUCUACAACCCCGUCAGGGCUCGCCGAAGUCGCCAUCACCAUCACCAGCACUACCAGCAGGGCACUGAGUGGUCCCGGAACAGCGCCGGCGCUGGCGACUCCCCCGCUCCGGCCCCGGCUCCCAGGGAGAAGGCCGUGGUGGUGGUCCCGGAGUUCCGGGAGCGGGAGAACCGGGCCAGAUUGGAGGAAGAGCCGUCGAAGGCGGUGGCUUCGCACGCCUUGGCACCGGCCCCGGCGGCGGUAACUUCUCCCUGUAAUCUACAUCGGUUCUUGGAGUCCACAACUCCAUCUGUCCCGGCUCAGCAUCUCUCCAAGAUGAGGAUGAAGGGGUGGAGGACUCGCGAUGUGGAGAAGACAUAUUUUGCCUUGGGGGAUCUCUGGGAGUCUUUCAAGGAGUGGAGCGCGUAUGGUGCCGGUGUUCCUCUGGUUCUGAAUGGCAGCGACAGUGUUGUUCAGUACUACGUGCCGUAUUUGUCAGUCCUUCAGUUAUAUGGUGAAUCAAGUACGCCAUCCAUCAAUUCUAGGCGAGCUGGUGAGGAGAGUGAUGGCGAUUAUUAUCGAGAUUCUAGUAGUGAUGGAAGCAGUGAUUAUGAACAUGAAAAAGGCUUGAAGUACUCAAGGGCAUGGAGUCCAAACCAUCUUACUAGCACCUCCAAUUUAAGGAUGGAUAGGCUGUCUUUGAAAGAGAAACAUGUAGCCUCACAAGAAGGAUCUUCAAGUGAUGAUGGUGAUUCUGGAAGUUCUCAAGGUCACUUGCUCUUUGAGUUCCUUGAACGGGAUCCUCCAUACAUUCGGGAACCAUUGGCUGAUAAGGUUUCUGUUCUUGCACGAUGUUUUCCUGAAUUAAAGACGCUCAGGAGUUGUGAUUUGCUGCCAUCCAGUUGGAUUUCUGUGGCAUGGUACCCUAUAUACCGGAUACCAACUGGACCGACACUUAGGGAUUUGGAUGCUUGUUUUCUCACUUUCCAUUAUCUUUCUACGCCGGUGAUAGGUGCUGCUAGUGCCCCUGGUCCUGUAACUACCUAUCCUCAAGGGGUUAAUGGUGUUCCGAAGAUCUCUCUUCCUGUUUUUGGUCUAGCCUCUUACAAGUUCAAGAGUAUGAUAUGGACUCCUAGCGGAGGUGAGAGGCAACUUGCAGACUCCCUGCUGCAAGCUGCUGAUGACUGGCUGCGUCAAUACCAUGUUGAUCACCCGGAUUUCCGGUUCUUUGCUUCACAUGGUGCAUGCCGGAGAUAAAACUUACAUAUUUGCUUUUACUUUCCCUUUAAAUUUCAAUAGCUCCCAGUUAAUCAAUCGUGGAAGGUAGGAUGGUUACUCAUCUUGCAGGCCUGACGUUAUUUCAAUAGGCCUUUGCAUUUGUGUCCCGUUCUGUCAUUACAGAAGUAGGAGGGAAGGAUAUCUGAUAUAAAAUAGGAGGAAAAAAAGGUAAAAAAAGAAAAAAGAGGAAGGAGAUGGAAAUUAAAAUCCCAUGUGUUGGAAAGUUUUUUUUUUUUAAAGAAAAAAUAGGACUUUUUACGUGAAACGGAGUGAAACCUGAAGAAAAAAAUUGGUGGAAGCACGCCGCUUCAUUUGCAGAAUCUGAUGGGAUACAAUGGAUGGUAAAAAAGGGGUGGAAGUUUGGGGGGUUCAUUUGCACAGAUACCCAAAUGGACGCGAGUUUUUUUUGUAUGUCCUGGUAAGUCAGUAACCUGUGCCUAACUUAACAUUGUUGGCAUAUCUAAUGACGCCCCUCUGUUGUCCAUCUUAAAUUGGACCAACUUUGUUUGUAGCAUGAUGGUUACUUUUAAAUACAUUAAAAUUAGAUUUA